UUGUCUACAUACAAAGUUUUGAACUUUAGAUGAUACUGCUUGGGUUAUUAGUUUGAAGCAUUUCAUUCUUUGUCAUGCUUGAGUUGGUACAAAUUUUCAGCUGAUUUUUAGUACAUUUAAUACAAAUUCUGGUGGGAUUUGGAUCUCCUGAGUAGGGGAAGAUGGAAAGUGGAAGGUUUGCAAGCUAAUUUAACUAGUUAAUGUUCGGUUUCUUGACAUUUGUAUAUACUGUCUAGUUCUGUCUAGUUCUGUCUAGUUGAAUCUCAGCAAAUCAAAAUGGGGCUAGUUUCUAAGUUGCUAGCAAUUUAUGGCCUUUGGUUUAGAUGGCUGACUUGAUUUGGUUGAAAUUCACAUUUUAGAAGAAAAAAGGAACUUGAAAAAUUGACUGCCUUCAGUUUUCACUGUUGGGUAAUUAGGUCGUCUAGAUUCUUCAAAUUAUUGUUGUCAACAAUUUGAAACUUUUAAGAUGUUCAUUUACAAGCAUGGCUUUUGCUAAUUGCUAUGUCAUCCCACUAAAUUUCUCAGCUUUUUUUCAAGUUUGAACUGAUCUUAUGUAAAUGUUCAGUGAGUCAAAUAAGUUCCUCUGUUAAAUAUAUACGUGUGAUCAUUUUUGCAUAUGCAGGUAAUGCAUGCAAUGCCUGUAUGAUUAUUAUCUUGCUGUACACAGGAUGAAAAUUCUCCUUUUGGACAAAGUAAUUUUGUUAGUACUAGGCACGACUACUAGGACUAGGCUUUUCUUUCAAUUAGUUAGUCUUUUGUUGUUUUCUCGUGUCUUGAAGAGCUGGCCAAUGAGUUUAUUGAAAGCUUUUUACUGCUGUUGAAUGGAGCAAGUCAAAGGAUUGCUCAAGGAUGGAGAAGACAAGUUCAUUGUGUGAAAAAUGCUAAGGUUCAUGUAUUGUCUAAUGUUGCACUUGCUUUCAAUCAUGUGAGAAACAUAUGUUUUGGAGGAAGGUAAAUCUUACAAGGGAUGUUUUCUUGUGUUAGUGUGAGGCCUUUGAUACUUGCCUCGAACUUUUCCUUGACUUAAUUAUCUAUGAUGACUUGUAAAUGGGCUAUCAACGCCCUUUUGUUUCAAUCCGAAGCAUUAAAAAUAAAUAAAUAAUGGCAAUUUCCAUCGACUCUGACUCUGCUGCUGCUGCUUCUGUCUGGUUUCUGCUAAAACUUGAAAUCUUGAUACGCUUGAUGAAAAGUUAAAUAUUGCAUGAUAUUCGUGGCUUUUGCUUUUGCUUUUGCUUUUCAAGGCUCUUUCGUGGUUGUCGACUUUCACUUUGGUCAGACUUUUGGACAGAAGGGGUCCUUGUUGUAUGUCAUAAACAGGAAUUGCAGAGCUAAUGUUCUUGUCUGCUUAUGGGCCAUUUUUGCUCCACUCCUUUCACUUGGCUAAACAAAACGUGGGCUUCCAUUUGGUUUUAUAUGUAAAAUUUUAAGGCCCUAUCCGGCAAUUCAAGUUUAAAAUUAAUAUAAAGGGCUUCAUUUGAGGGUUGGAAUCUUUUCCAAAGUUAUUGCGUUAGAUUCCUAUGGAAGAUCUGCAAAUUUGCACCAUGCAUGGCAAAUUGUGGAUUCCAGAAUAAAAUUCUAAUCUUUUAUUAUGCGUUUAUACUAGGCUAAUCAGCAUCUACUGUUUCUUUCAACCUUCCCCUUUUGUAAUGCUUAAAAACCAAAGGCCAUUCAAUUUCCCUACCCCAUAACUGCAAUAAAAAAAUCAGCCAUGGAUGGGUUAGAGGCAAAAGCUAUAGAUACACCAAAGGAAAAAAAGGUGCUGGACACGAUAGAAAUCCAUCAAAAAGCACUAGACGAUCUCGUCAACGUGAACUCGCUCUUCACAAUAGCUGUGUUUGUGGGCUUAUCCUUGGCUCAUCCCGGCGAGCACAGCUUGGAGAACCGUGCCGAGUGCGACGCAGACUCGGUUCUAGCCAAAAGACUUGUAGUGAAUGAGGUGCUAUCAUUUGCUUUCUUCUUGCUAUCAAGCCUGGUAGCCAAGACUCUCAAGGUUCAUCUCAACAUAUACAGGGAAAAAGAUUUCAGGAAAACAAAGUUCAAGAUUAUCAGAGGAGGGAUGCUGUUGAUGUCAGCCUGGGGAUCGAUUCUUGGUUGCGUUUUUUUGACAGCGUCGAUGGUGGAUGUGAUACAAAUUCGAGUGGGAAAGAUUUCUUGUGGGAGUGAAUAUGCGUUCAGGGCAGCAGGAUCGCUGGUCGCCAUUGUUACGCUUGCUUUGAGCAUCUACGUGCCUUUUAUGAUGCAUGCUAUUUUAUCUCCAUGAAACAUAUUGAAUAAUACCGUAUCUAGAAUUUAGGUUUAUCCUUCUCCUGAACUUCACGACAUAUAAUAUGUUUAUUUUUGUUCGGAUCCAAAUUGGGUCAGGAGGCUGGGACCCUCGCAUAAGGAUGUAUAAUAGGUGUCCAUUUUUCAUUAUUAUAACAUACUACCUUAACAAUAUUUAUAAAUAAAAUUUAAAUUCAAAA